AGGAAUGAGGAUGCAAGAGAGAGUGUGUGAGGUGCAAGUAAUAAUUAGUACAAAGAGUAAUAUUAUAUUGUAGCGCAGCGCAUCCAGAUAGGAUCGAAUCUGGGCUGCACAGAGUCUCUCUCUCAGGCUCAACUGGAAUAUAUUCACUUAUUAAUUUGUUGGCAAUUGAAAGAGCGGUAGCUACUCCCUGGCCUCGUCGUUUCAUACAUCUCGAUCAGCUGCAAACUCCAGUGCAGGCCUGCCAGGUAAGCUGCUGUGCUAGUAUAGGCAGUAGAUCAGAGGAGAACGGCGCCGGUGGUGGUUUGGUGUCAAUCCAAGAUUUAUCAAUAAAAUGGCAGAGGUCCACAGGGUCAAGCAAGAAGAUGAAGCAGCAGCAGAAGAUACUCAUAGUACUCCUCUUAAAACCGCACCUUUCUACAAGCUCUUCUCCUUUGCAGAUUCAACAGACAUCGUGUUAAUGAUUGUCGGCACAACUGCGGCGGUUGGCAAUGGCCUCUCCCUCCCAUUGAUGACCGUUCUCUUCGGAGACGUCACUGACGCCUUUGGACAAAAUCAAGGUGACAAUGAUGUAGUUCACGCCGUUUCCAAGGUGGCGCUGAAAUUUGUCUACUUGGCUUUGGGGUCUGGCCUAGCUUCAUUUCUUCAGGUGGUUUGUUGGAUGGUGACUGGUGAGAGGCAGGCUGCACGGAUUCGGAGUCUGUAUUUGCAAGCCAUUCUGCGACAAGAUGUUGCUUUCUUUGAUAUGGAGACUAAUACUGGAGAAGUUGUGGGCAGAAUGUCUGGUGACACCGUUCUUAUACAAGAUGCUAUGGGAGAGAAGGUCGGGAAAUUCAUUCAGUUAGUAUCAACAUUCCUAGGAGGGUUUGUGAUUGCAUUUAUCAAAGGGUGGCUUCUGACAUUAGUCAUGUUAUCCUCUAUACCUCUACUCGUCAUAUCCGGUGGUGUCAUGUCUAUUGUCAUAGCCAAGAUGGCAUCCCGUGGCCAAACUGCGUAUUCAAAGGCCGCAGCUGUGGUUGAACAAACAAUUGGCUCAAUUAGAACGGUUGCAUCAUUCACUGGGGAGAAGCAGGCUGUGGCUACUUACAAUAAGUCCCUUGAGAAAGCUUAUGAAUCUGGUGUACAGGAAGGGUUGGCUGCUGGAUUAGGUCUUGGGUCAGCUAUGUUUGUUCUAUUUUGCAGCUACGGCUUGGCUAUUUGGUUUGGGGCCCGGAUGAUAACGCGAAAAGGUUAUACAGGAGGUGAAGUGAUCAAUGUAAUUAUUGCUGUAUUAGCUGGUUCCAUGUCCUUAGGUCAAGCAUCUCCUUGUAUGAGUGCAUUUGCAUCAGGUCAAGCUGCAGCCUUCAAGAUGUUCGAGACCAUAGACAGAAAACCAUGUGUAGAUGCAUAUGACACCAAAGGUAAAAUAUUGGAUGACGACAUCCGUGGAGAUGUUGAACUGAGGGACAUCUACUUUAGUUAUCCAGCAAGACCAGAUGAGCAAAUAUUUAGUGGCUUCUCUUUAUACAUACACAAUGGGACGACUGCAGCAUUAGUUGGACAGAGUGGGAGUGGGAAGUCAACAGUGAUCAGUCUGAUUGAGCGAUUUUAUGAUCCCCAAGCUGGUGAAGUUCUGAUUGAUGGGAUUAAUCUCAAGGAAUUCCAGCUUAGGUGGAUCAGGGAAAAGAUUGGUCUCGUCAGCCAAGAACCUGUGCUUUUCACAGCAAGCAUAAAGGAUAAUAUUGCAUACGGGAAGCCUGAUGCAAGUAUUGAAGAGAUCAAAGCAGCAACUCAGCUCUCAAAUGCUGCAAAAUUCAUUGACAAGCUCCCACAGGGGCUAGACACCAUGGUUGGUGAACAUGGGACUCAACUUUCUGGUGGUCAGAAGCAAAGAGUUGCUAUAGCAAGAGCAAUUCUAAAAGACCCUCGAAUUUUACUUCUAGAUGAGGCAACAAGUGCAUUAGAUGCUGAAUCUGAGAGAGUUGUACAGGAGGCAUUGGACAGGAUUAUGGUCAACAGAACAACAAUCAUUGUUGCGCAUCGCUUGAGCACAGUAAGAAAUGCUGACAUGAUUGCUGUCAUUCAUCGUGGAAAAAUGGUUGAAAAAGGCACACAUUCUGAACUACUCAAAGACCCUGAGGGAGCAUACUCUCAGCUUGUACAUUUGCAAGAAACAAAUAAAGAUACAGAACAACUUGGAAGGCAGUCUAGUCAAAGGGCAUCAGCCUCUUUACGCUCUAUAAGCCGGGGUUCAUCUGGAAUAGGAAAUAGCAGCCGCCAUUCAUUCUCUGUCUCAUUUGGUGUGCCCACUGCACUUGGUGUUUCUGAAACCACCUCAGUUGCAGCAGAUGUUGGUUCAGAGAAAGAUUCUGAAAAUCCUCAUCAGAAGGUCCAAAUCCGUCGCCUUGCCUAUCUCAACAAGCCUGAGAUUCCAGUGCUCUUAGCAGGAACCGUCUCUGCUGUAAUUAACGGUGCAAUCCUUCCAAUUUUUGGUAUCUUGAUCUCUAAUGUGAUCAACGCAUUUUAUGAGUCACCACAUAAACUAAGGAAAGAUGCAAAUUUUUGGUCACUAAUUUUUGUGGUACUUGGAGCGGUGUCAUUGCUGGCAUUUCCAGCAAGGACAUACCUUUUUGGUGUGGCUGGUUGUAGGUUAAUUAAAAGGGUUAGGUCGAUGUGUUUUGAAAAGGUAAUUCACAUGGAGGUUGGUUGGUUUGAUGAGGCUGAGCACUCAAGUGGAGUAAUUGGUGCCAGGCUUUCCACUGAUGCAUCUACUCUACGUGGCUUGGUAGGAGAUGCGCUGGCACAAAUUGUACAAGAUACUGCAUCAGCAGCUACUGGUUUAGCUAUUGCAUUUGAAGCAAGUUGGCAGUUGGCGCUUAUAAUACUUGCUAUGAUACCUAUGAUUGGAUUGAAUGGAUAUGUUCAAAUCAAGUUCAUGAAAGGAUUCAGCGCUGAUGCAAAGAUUAUGUAUGAAGAAGCAAGUCAGGUUGCCAAUGAUGCAGUGGGGAGUAUAAGAACAGUUGCUUCAUUCUGUGCUGAAGAGAAGGUGAUGGAAAUGUACAAAAAAAAGUGUGAAGGACCCGUGAAGGCAGGAGUUAGGCAAGGGCUAAUUAGCGGAACAGGAUUUGGAAUUUCAAUGACAUUGUUAUUUUUAGUUUAUGCAACGAGCUUUUAUGCUGGAGCACGGCUUGUUGAGGAUAAAAAGAUAACUUUCUCAGAUGUUUUUCGUGUAUUCUUCGCCUUGACAAUGGCAGCUAUGGCUAUUUCCCAGUCAAGCUCAUUUGCCCCUGAUUCAAGCAAAGCCAGGAGUGCGGCUGCUUCCAUAUUUGCUAUCCUAGACAGGAAAUCUAAAAUAGAUCCGAGUGAGGAGUCGGGAAUGACACCGGCAAGUUUGAAGGGAGAAAUUGAGUUCCGACAUGUGAGCUUUAGUUAUCCAACCAGGCGGGAUGUCCAGAUCUUGAGAGACCUGUGCUUGUCAAUUCGCAGUGGCAAGACUGUUGCCAUAGUGGGAGAAAGUGGGAGUGGGAAGUCAACUGUGAUAUCAUUGCUACAAAGAUUCUAUGAUCCGGAUUCGGGAGAGAUAACAUUGGACGGAAUAGAGAUUCGGAAGCUGCAACUGAAAUGGGUGAGGCAGCAGAUGGGGCUGGUGAGCCAAGAGCCAGCAUUAUUCAAUAACACUAUUCGGGCCAACAUAGCAUAUGGGAAGGGAGGAGAAGGCAAUGCUGCAAGUGAAGCGGAGAUCACAAGUGCAGCAGAGCUGGCCAAUGCCCACAACUUCAUUAGUGCUUUGCAGCAGGGAUACGAUACAAUGGUUGGAGAACGAGGAGUUCAAUUGUCAGGUGGACAAAAGCAACGAGUGGCAAUUGCACGUGCUAUGAUCAAAAAUCCAAAGAUAUUAUUGCUAGAUGAGGCGACUAGUGCAUUAGAUGCUGAGUCCGAGAGGAUAGUUCAAGACGCAUUAGAUCGAGUGAUGGUGAACCGAACUACUAUAGUGGUAGCACAUAGAUUAUCAACCAUCAAAGGAGCAGAUGUAAUUGCAGUAGUAAAAAAUGGAGUCAUUGUCGAGAAGGGGAAUCAUGACAGUCUCAUUAAUAUUAAAGAUGGGUUUUAUGCUUCUCUAGUAGCCCUUCACAUCACUGCUGCUUCUUCCUCUUCCUCCUAGUCCAUCCAUGUAACUCAUUUAUUUUACUUUGAUCAUUCCAUUAUAAUUUGAAAAUGUACGUUACGUUUUGGCUGUCUAAACUCUAUAGUACGUAGUACAGAUCAGUUCCCUCCAUUA